AUGCUCUACAGUCACUACCUACCAGGGUUCCAACUUCCUGCGUUUCAGAACGGCUCCUGGGCGGUUCCGUCGGCGCUUCCUACGCUCUCGCCCCUGCCGCUGCGCCACGAGGGCGCUGACUCAGCAGCAACCGACGCGAACGCGGAAAUGCCACGUGUCGAUUCGUCGACGCACAUUAACAGCCUUGUAGCGCAGUACUCGUUCGCGCAAGCCGGUGCGGCCGCAGCCGCCGCCGCCGCCGCCGCUUGCGCUAGUAGCCCGAUUUCCCCCUCCCAGCUCGUCUCACCGCGUACGGGCUGGCCGCACUUUGCGGCGUGUGCCCCGUCUAUGGGGCCCAUGGGGCCGGUGUCAUACGCGCCUGGUUUCGGCGCGAUUCGAUCGCCAAAGCAGGCUGACGGAAGUGCCUCUGCCGGCGGAAGCCCUUCGCCGUCGAGUCACCUGCCGUCGUUGCUCGAGUCGCCUUUGCAGAGCGAGGUCCUGCCGGCCGAAUCCGACGGCGAGAGCUUCUGCAAGCUCGAGUUGCCGACGGGGCAAGUGGACGGAGAGGCAGAGACUAAAACUGACCAAUCGCGAAGGCUCGUUUUCCCCUCAGAGCGUGCAGCAGCGGACGGCGCGGAGGAAGAGGCGGACAACGCGGAGCAGGAUUUGCGCGUGACGAAGGGGACUCGGCGCGCCAUGCAGCUGUGGCUGGAGGGCGGAGCGGAGGGGGACGUGCAGGGCAUGGGCCCGUUUGAUUGGCUGGAGGAGCCCUCAGGCGCGGAAGACGCGACAGGGCUUCCGCACUGGGUGCUGGCGGAGCUGGGGGAAGGGGGCGCGGGGAAGAAAUCGGGGGAGGCGGUGGAGGAGGAGGUUUACCGUGUGCUGUUCCGUGCUGACUCUAUGGAGAGUGCCACAGGCGAGCACGUCAACAGCGCCGCAACAACUCUAAAAAACGAGCAGCACGUUACGACUCCUCUGCAUGAGACCCCUGUACAGGCACACGAGCCUAAAAAAGAGCAGAAUGGGGAUGAAUCUACCCCCGCGGGUACCAACAAGGCUGUAACUGAUACGCCUGCAGGAGAGGAGCAGGGUUCAAAUCCUGUCUCCGACGCAGGCAGUGCAGAUUUCAUGAUUUCCAGCAUUGGAGAUUCGGUGUCGGGUGGGCUUGUUGACAAGCCAAGUGCGCAGGUUCUUGAGGACAGCAGCACUGAUGAUAUUUGGCACGAUUUGCAACUGCAUCAUAGUAGUUGCCCUGCCACCAGGUCUUCCUUCGGAACAGCCAUGGGUAUCAGUGGCCUGCUUCCGUUGCUAAAGUCGGUUACGAGACGCACGCACAUACGAGAAUAUGCAGGACGCAGGGUAGCCAUUGACACGUAUUCCUGGCUUCAUCGCGCUUCAUAUUCUUGCAGUCAGGAGCUUUGUCAAGGCACGCCGUGUACGAGGCACAUUCAAUACUGCAUGAACAAGGUCAAACUCCUGAGAGACAAUGGCGUCAUUCCCGUGUUGGUCUUCGACGGCGGAAAGCUUCCCUCGAAAUCCCAGCAGGAAUCUAAACGAGAGAAAUCAAGGAGGGAGAACCUUGAACGAGCAGAGCAGCUGCUGCUGAAGGGUAAACGUAACGAAGCAAGGGAGUGCUUUCAGAAGGCUGUUGACAUCACACCUGCCAUUGCGCACCAGCUAAUCAAGGUGCUGAGGCAGGAGCAUGUGGAGUACGUGGUGGCACCCUACGAAGCCGAUGCACAGAUGGCUUUUCUCUGCAGCAGCGGCCUCGUGCACGCAGUCAUCACAGAGGACUCCGAUCUCAUCGCCUACUCCUGCCCACGCGUCUUCUUCAAGAUGGACCCCAUGGGCCACGGCGACGAGAUCGUCUACGCCAACAUCGUCCAAUCCCAAGAGCUCGCUCUGGCGGAUUUCACACCCCAGAUGGUCCUUGAGAUGUGCAUCCUCAGUGGCUGCGAUUACCUUGACAGCCUGCCGAAAGUCGGCCUCAAAACCGCUCAUGAUUGGAUCAGAAGGCACCGGGAUUAUCGGUCUGCGCUGGCUGUAGCGAAGCUGAAUGGGAGGGUGGUGCCGGAGGAGUAUGAGGCGGCGUUUGCGCAGGCGCUGCUGACGUUCCUGCACCACCGCGUGUACCAUGUGGCCAAUGAGCACAUGACUCAUGUCAACCCGCUGCCGGCCUCGCUUGGACCGGACACGGAUCUGUCGUUUCUUGGGCCAUAUCCUCCUCAACGAGCUUGCUCUCUGCAUGUCCUCACUUACUCCCUUUCUUGCCCUGUUCUCCUUGACUGUCUACUUUCACUCUCUCCCGUGCUUCCUUUUCUUCCCCUCUUCUCCCUAUUGCUUCCUCUACUCGUCCCUCCCUUCUUCCCCCACCUUCCACUUCACUUUCCUUCCGCUUUAACGAUCUCCACUGAGCUCACACCGAGCCUCGUCCGUGCAAUUGCUCUCGGCUACGUGGACCCCAUCACAUACGAGCCAUUUGAUGCGGAACCCAUACCCAAGCCACUGCCGCCAGCCCGUGGUGGGCCUGGGAGAUCGCCGUUGCAGCUGCCAGUGCAGAAGAACAAGCUGUCUAAAUACUUUCUCCCCACGGCUCCGGCUGCCAAGAAGCCGUUCCAGCCACCGCGAAGCUCCCCUGUAACGCCCCCGGCCCAGUCAGCCUUUGAGCCAUCUCGUCCCGAAGCUGCCGCCGAGCCUGGCCCUGCUGGCUCGGCAAAUCAGCCACGUGGAAACAGCAGCAGUGGAAGGGGCGGGCGGUCUGUGAGGACGUCAGCAGUGGGGAAGGGUUGUGCAGGGCCCACAGAGGGUGAAUGCUUGGCGGGAGCAGAGAACGGCAGUGGAGAGCCCAUGCUGGGGGAAGACUUGGUGCAGUUUAUGGCAGGGACAGUUCUUGAGGAGGAGAGGCAGCAGCAGCAGCCGCAGCAGCAGCAGCAGCAACGAAUGGCAUCUGGGCCGAGAGCCGCUGUUGCCCGUGUGUUCCAGCGAUUCACUCCGCCCCGCUCCAUUGCCGAAGCUGGGACCACUCCCGAACCACCAUUGCAGCGUCGGCAACCGUACGGACGAGCAGCAGCACGUGCUACAGGCGACAGGCAGGAGAACACGCCGACUGAGUGGGACCAGUUUGUGUUCCGGGGUAAUGAAAGGACCCAAGCCGAAGGGGAGGAGGCGGAAGCAGGGGACGGAGGUGAACGAUCGGAGGUUGUGUUGAGAAGAGGCCGGGAUUUGGACGGGGAGCGGGACUUGGGCGCUGCUGAUCUAGACGCUGAUUUGGAUGAGCUGCUGCUGCCGCCUGCAUUUGACCUCGUGAGUGACGUGCCGGGCAGUCACGAAGUAAGGCAAGUAGGACGGAGGCCAGGAGGGUGGCGGGCAGGCGGAUGGAUGGGCAUGCGAGGGGCAGCAACGGGAGGAAGAGCACGCGGAAGAGGAGGAGGGGUGGGGAUCGGAGGAGGGCGGGUAGUAGGAGUGGGAGUGGGUGGGGCCGGCAGCAGCAGGCAGCAGGCAGAGGCGAUUUUUGACUCCCCGAAGCGGAUGCUGGGGAGCGGGCGAGGGGUGCAAGGGCGGGGAGUUCGGGGAAGAAUGGGAGCGGCGCAUGUAGUGGUGCGGCAGGAGAUGUCCUGCUCGACUUGCGUGGGCUCCGAGUUUUUGCUAACUCCACCCGCCAAGCGCCCCUGCUUUGACGACGGUGCAUCUGCAGGCGACGCCGGUUUCUUCUCGGUCACAGCAACACACACCAUCCGCACAACGCACACUCUCUCGCACGUGCAAGCGCACGCCAUGCACUCUGUCGACAUCGACCCAUUCGCGGACCCAUGGUCUGUGGGCCAUACCAGUGACCCCCUCCUCCCCCACGUCCUUCCAUCCAUGAGCCCCUUCGGCCCUGCCAGACCCUUUUCUGUGAGAGAAAUGCAAGGAGAGGCGGAGGCAGCAGAGGAGGAGGAGGAGGACCAGCAGCAGGAGAAGGAAGGGGAGGAGGAGAGUCCCUUUUUCAGGCCCGCCAGAAGCUCUGUCCCUUUUGCGCAUUCUCCUCUGCUGCCUCCCUCUCACUGCAGUGCUGCUGCCUCUCUACGUCGCCGCCCUACUCCUUCUCCUCUUCCUCCUCUUCAUCCUCGUCGCACCACCACGGGUUUAUUCACUCCCACAACUCUAGCUUCCCCAGCCUCAGCUGCUGCUGGGAAUCCGUUUGCUUCACACGUUUACUGCAGCCGCAUGCCUGGUGCAGCUGCUGAUGGUGGUUUUGCCACCCCUGCUGCCACCACUCCAGCCACCACCGCUGCUGCUCCUGCUGCUGCUGCUGCUGUUGCUGAUACUGCUGCUUCUGCUGACAGUGCUGCUGCUGCUGGUCCAGCACAAGUGGAAGAGGGGUCGUUCUGGCCAGACCGGGGCUCUGGUGCGGCGGAUGGAGCAGAUCCAUCAGGUGCUGAUGUUGCAGAUGCAGUAGAGCAGGCAGAUGGGAGGGGUGAGAGGGAAUGUGGAGACGAAAAUGGGCGUGAUGGGUUCAAUGGGGCUGGUGGCGGUUUAGAUAGGUUAGCUCGACAUGGAAGGGCUGGUUCUGCAGUGCAGGCAGAGGUUAUGGAGGAGGAUCCAGGGCUUGGAAGGGCAGGAUUCAAUGAACCUGGACGGCAGGGUCUUGUGUAUAGGAUGCCGGUUGCUGGUGUGCCUCCUGGUAGGGGUUUGAAUGCUGGUGCUGCAGGGGUGAGGCGAGCAGCAGGAGGUGACAGGGGGAGGGGGUUGGGUGGAGUUACAGGCGCAGUGCGAGGGGGCGAUCGCAAGAGGAAUUUGGUGCGAGGGAGCGCGUUUUUCAGAGGGAAUGCUGCUGAGGCUUGUGAAGAUCGUGAUGCUGAGGAUGCGGGGCAUGCUGAGGGCCCUGAGGGUGGUGAUGGAGGCAAUGGGGAUGGAGAAGGGGAGCGUUGUGGUGGUGGUGGUGUAGAUAGAAACAGGUCGGGUGAUGUUGGGGAUGAUGCUGCGGAGGAUGUGCACAUGAGGAGCAGGAGUAGCAGCAUGAGUGGACUGUCGUUUGCUACCGAUGUUUCGCACGUGUUACGGUACUCAGCGGUGGGGAAGGAUGCGAUGGGCAAGGUGGCUGCAAAACUGGCCAGCUUCAGGCACACUCCAGCGGAGAACAAGCCGAGAGGGAGGAUGGGACGCCGGUUGGGAGGCUCGAAGCGACCACGAUCUCUACCAGGCCAACAGGCUAGUGCGUUUCAAUUCAGGCUCAAAGACGCGAAGAUGGAUCACUUUGCUCCUGUUUUCUCUUCCUUUUCCUCCUCCUCUACUCCGUUCGCGCCCUCAAAGCUGACGUGGCACCCACACCCGGAUCGCUACCUGCUGGCAGUGUGCGUGCGCGGGCAGGUGAACAACCGCAUUGGCUGUCUCUACCGCCAUCUCAUCCUCGCAGCUCUCCUCAACCGCACACUCCUCGUCCCGGCGCGCCUCCCCUCCCUCACGCCCCUCCUCUGCCAGCGCGGUGCCUCCGGCCGCGUAUGCCCCUCCUACCCGCUGCCCCUCUUCUGGGACCUCAACCACACACGGCGCUGUCUUGGCGCCGCGUCCGUGAUCAGAUCGGACGAAUUCGCCGCCCGGUUUGGCCGCCCGGUGGAGGUCAACCACAUGCGGUGCUGGCACGGGCCGGAGGGCUUGUGCCGCCCGACUUACUCGAUAGUAAAGAAGAACUGCCUGGUGGGCACUGCGCUGAGUUACGUUGCAGAGAAUCUGCGGAAGAAGUUUGGCGGGCAGAGAGUGGCGAGCGAUGUGGUGCAUGCCAUGCUGCUCAACGGGUCGUCUCUGCAGCCUCACAGUGCUAUGCCUGCCGCUGACAGGGAGAACGCUCAGUCGCACAGUGGUGUGCUUGCUGCUGAUGAGUCCACACAAUCCACCGAGGGUUUAUCCUCGCGCUCCCUGUCGCCUGCACCCACAAAUGUGGGAGAACACCUGCUGCAGCUGACAGGGAGAACGCUCAAGCUCUCCUCUUCUUCUUCCUCCACCUCCUCCGCCGCCUCCUCCUCCGCGCUGCCCAUCCACCCCACGGCCAUCGACCCGAUCCGCAUGAUCAUGCUGCACCAGCCAGGCGCCGUGUCCAUCCCGCCCACCGCCACCGCGUCUGCGCUCUGCCUGCCGCGCUUCGUGCAUGUCUCUGACGUGCUCCGUGCGUACGGCCCUCUAGGGGAGUCCGUGCGCGUGCUGGCUGUGGGGGAUCUGGUGGGGACUGCUGUGCUGGGCCUGCCGCACCGAUACGCGCUGCUGCAGGAGAAAGCACGGAGAUAUUCCGGAGGGCGGAAUCUUUGGCUCGAUAAGGACUUUGUCCGCCCGCCCGGCGGCCGGUGGCUGGGGAGUUCGGGCAGCGGCGGGCUCCGGGAUUGGUUAAGCAUCUUUCAGUUCCUGCCCGGGUGCCGUAACACAGCGGCCAUCGUCCCGCCCCCCGCGGUCUUCCAGCGAGCUCAAGCCAUCAUCCGGUCCCUCUUUGGUGCUGAAACCGUGGAUGCUGGUGGGGCAUCCAGUAUGGCCGAUUCUUUAGAAUCCGGGACACCCCUCCCUGGUAGUUACAGCUCAGCAGCAGAGGUUGGAGCUAGGGAGGUGAAAGCAGGGGAAUCUGGAGCGUUGACUGAUGCUGACCUGCCUGUGCCGACGGAUCUGCCAGCGUUCCUGGCGGUGCACUGGCGGCGGGGUGACUUCCUGCAGUUCUGCGCUCGCUCCGGGCCGCCCGGCUUCUGCUUCUACUCGCCCGUGCAGGCCGCGCAGUGCGCUGCUGACGUGGCGCGCCGCAACGGGCUCGUGAACGUCUAUGUGGCGACGGAUGCUGAUGACAAGGAGUUCCAAGAGUUUAGAGAGACAUUGGGUCCAGAGUUCACAGUGGCGAGACUCCCCUCUUCCCCAUCCCCUUUAUUGCCGGACCCAUAUCAAGACCCUCUUUUGGGGCUUAGGCAAGGGGCUUUCCUCAAGGAUGCAGCGAGUCUGCUGUACACCAUAUUAGAUAAGGUUAUAUGUGUUUACUCCACAGUGUUUUUAGCUACACCGUCGUCUACACUCUCAAAUGAUGUUGCUCGGAUACGGGAGGGGCUUGGCAUUCCUGCUGCAAUGGCUGCAGCUGCUGCUGUUGGAGCGGAGGAGGAAGCAGUGGGGGAGAGUGCGGAGGUGAGAAAGGGGGUUGAUUUUGGAGAGAGUACUGGAGUGGAGGAGGGGAGGGACGGUGCUCUGUUAGUAGCAGAUGCGCACGCGUCGGGAGGGGAAGGCUCAGUGGAAUCUGAGGAUGACAGGGGGUCGCUGAGCGGUGGUGAGGGAGGGAUGUGGCAUGGCAAGCUGGUGUGGACGCCACAGCCCGACAGGUUCCUGCUCGCUGUGUGCUUGCGAGGCCAGGUGAACAACCGCAUUGGCUGUCUCUACCGCCACCUCAUCCUCGCCGCUCUGCUCAACCGCACACUCCUCGUCCCCCCCGUUCUUCUCUCCACCUCCCUCGCCUACUGCAAGCACGGCCUCUCCGGCUCCCCCUGCCCCUCCAUCCCGCUCCCCCUCAUCUGGGACCUCGCCCACACGCGCACGUGCCUGGGCGGCGACACUGUGCUGCGCACGGACGAGUUUGCCACCCGGUUUGGCCGCCCGCUGGAGGUGCACCACAUGCGGUGCUGGCACGGGCCGGAGGCGACGUGUCCGAUGGGCAACCCUGGGCUGCUGAAGAAUUGCUUGGUGAAUGACACGGCACAGGCGGGUGGUGGUAGGAGGAGGAGGCUUGGGGGAGUGUCUGGGAUGAGGAAGCUGUCUCGAGCGGGAGUGGGAGUGGGAACGGCGGCGGCUGAUACUGCCGAUGCUGUGAGAGGGUGGUUUGGAGAAAAAGCGAUGAUGUGGGUGAGAGGCAGCAGGAGAAGAAAGCUUCAGCAGCAGCAGCAGCAGCAGCAGCAGCGGAUCCUGCAAGGCACGGAAGGAGCACCCAACCGCUCCCCACCGCUCUACACAGUCCAGUCUUUCGCCAACUCGCCCAUGCAAAUAUCCGCGGCGCCCCUGCACCUGCUGCCCCACCAGCUCUCCCCAGACGUGCACAUCAGCGCCAAUGCCACAGCAUCAGCAGUGUGCUUCCCCCGCUUCGUGCAUGUGCGCGAUAUCCUCCGCACCUAUGGGCCUCUCUCCGCCUCCGUCCCUGUGCUCGCUGUCGGGGACCUGGUCUUCACCGCCUUUCUCGGGCUCUCUGACAGGUACGAGCCGUUCAAGGAGCGUCUGUUUCGAUACAAACGGUGGCGCGAGCGCGAGGAAGCUUCACAAGAAAGGCAGGGCAACUCAACAAGCAAUUUCGAUGGCAUGCAGGCGAGCAGCAGCAGCCAGGUGAUUCUGGAGUCGGACUUCCUUGGGCCAGCAGGGGGGCGGUGGCUUGGCAGUGCAGGAAAGGGGGGUCUGAGAGAGUGGAGGAGCGUGUUCCACUUCCUGCCGGGCUGCCCGGUUCCCGUGCCCAUUCUGCCCCCCAAGGAGGUUAUUGAGGAUGGUAUGCGGCUCGCACAAGCCCUGUUUGGUGGUGGGGAGAGGGGUGCCGGAGCAGCAGGGGGUGUAUUGGAUGUGGAGGGAGGGGGUUACCUGGCGGUGCACUGGCGGCGCAGCGACUUCAAGGACUACUGCGUGUGGUCGGGGCCUUCUGGCUUCUGCUUCUACUCCGCGCAACAGGCUGGCAAGUGCGCUGCUGACGUGGCACAGCGCAACGGGCUGAGGAAUAUUUAUGUUGCUUCUGACGCCAACGUGGAGCAGUUUGAAGAGUUUCAGAAGGCAGCAGGCAUCGCCUUCAAGGUCAUUCGCUACCCAGACAACCCGUCAGCCUUUCUCACAACCCUCACUUCAGAGCCUCUCAUUUCCAGCCUCCCAGCCUCCAUAGAUCGUGAGGAAGCUUCCCUGCUCCUGCACAUGCUCCUUGACAAGCUCAUCUGUGUACGCUCUACAGUGUUCCUCGCUACCAUGUCGUCGACUCUAUCCAACGACGUCGCUAGAAUGCGCGAGGGGUUUGGCGUGCCAGCAGCCUUAGCAGCUGCUGCUGAUCCUGGCUCUGGCAAUGCCAUGAAAAUGGCUGCUACCAGUGAUGCACCAAGUGACGUCGGGUUGGAAUUUGUGGUGAGCUCGGGUGUAGAGGAACGGAGAGAUGGUGGGCUGUGUGAAGGGGAGAAAGUAUGGCGACCCCUUGAAGGGUUGUUUGGGUGGAUGAAGGACAUGAAAGCCAAGAGAAUAAUAGAGCACUCAGCAGGAGAGUGGAGAAGAUGA